GUUGCAUUGAGUUUACCAGGAGGUACGUGAGAGAUCAGAUCCCUUGUAAUGUCUCAUUACAGUCCCUUCCCUCCUAACUCAGUCGCAUCCCAGGACAAUCCCCCUUGGUCCCUCACUCCCUGCAUCCCUUGACACUUUGGAUCGGUCCGUUGAUCGUCCUCCUCACAUACCACACCCGCUGCGUGGCAUUGCUGUCGGUCUUUCGGCAGUCAGCCUGUAGCCCUCUGUAGCCCUUGCUACGCGCAGCCAUGACGCUCCGAACGGAGAGGCAUUCCUCCAGCUCCGAUGGCUCACUCCCAUGCUCCCCGGACGGCCGAGAUGCCACAAUAGACCUCGAGAAACAACACCCGCCACGCAACUACCGCCGAACGAGCUACGACUCCUUCACUUCAGCAGACAGUGGUGACGACUCGGUCACCUCGUCUUCCCCUUCGAACCAACCCAUGUUGGCCCCUACAACGGUGCGCCGCACCCGCGCCGGUGUAGGCUUCUACCGCGUCCCCCAUCGCAUCAUGAGAUGGCUCUGCUUUUCGCUCUUCAUGGCGCUGGUCUUGUUUAUUGUCACCUUGUUCCGAUUCACGAUCACCUCCUCUGUCAGUCCAGUUCCCCUGGAAGUACCUAAUACCCCUCCGAAGCCGCCCACCUGGGAAAGCUUCCCGUUCUUAACACGAUAUCACGGUGGGAUUCGGACCUUGGUGCCCCGCAAAGGUCAAGUCGCUGAAUAUCCGAACGAUGAAUGGGAGGCGCUGGGGUUGGAUGCCAAUGAGACGAAGCCAGCCGUCGAGGCACGCGACGAACACCUGCCCCUGUCAAGUUCGGUCUUCAAUCCUUAUCCCGACUACGCCUCGAAGAAAUACACUGAAAAAUAUGGCGAGAAGCGUGAGUGCUUCUUGGAUGAGCAUCGGGCGAUCCACGUUCCACAGGUCCACCAUUAUCCUGCGGUUCCGCGGGGUUUCCCAGAUGCCGUGAUGGGCUCGAAUGAGAUGCUGGGGAUCCAAGACGACGUGUGCUUUGACCGAUUUGGCCGCCUGGGUCCCUAUGGCUUGGGGUACAGCGUACGAAAAGGCGGCAUCGGCGCCGGCUUGGAGGGCGACCGCGACGGCGCAGAGCGCGUCUGGGAAGAACAUCCGCCCGUGGACUUUCGCAAAGUCGACUGGGCUGCUGCUCAAAGCCGAUGUCUCGACGUCAACCGACAUCGAUUCCAGGAUCUGCCAGAACCGCGGGCGAAUCAUUUUCUCUCGAUGCCGGUGGGCACGCUGCUGGCGACCAACGAGACCUCGCCAAAACUGCAGGAUCGACAGGAGCUGUCGCGGAACGGUACUGAGCGGUUGCAGCGGACGGCUGUCGUGAUCCGCACCUGGCAUGAUUUCCGCUUUACCUCCGAGGACAUCCUGUACCUGCGUUCUCUGAUCUCAGAGCUAUCGCUCAUGUCAGGCGGCGAAUACGUGGUUCACAUUUUGGUUCACGUCAAGGACGAAAACCUACAGAUCUGGUCCGACGAUGAGACAUACGACCGUGUUCUGAAAGACUCCCUGCCCGAAGAAUUCCGCGGCUUGGGGACACUGUGGUCGGAACGGCAAAUGUCUCUCAUGUACCCCGGAUUGGAAGAGACGAUGACCCGCGGGCUGCCCAUCCACGGUGUAUACCGCAGCACCUAUAUGCCCAUGCAGUAUUUUGCACACCAGCAUCCCGAGUAUGACUACUACUGGAACUGGGAGAUGGAUGCACGAUACACAGGUCACUGGUACCACCUUUUCGACAAGGUCGUGGACUGGGCAAAGGAGCAGCCACGGAAGGGACUUUGGGAGCGAAACGCCCGGUUCUACGUGCCCUCCGUCCACGGUUCCUGGGAGGACUUCCGACAGAUGGUCCGGGUGCAGACCGAGAUUGGCACCAACAGCCCGAACAACCUAUGGAGCGGUGCCAACGGUCCAACGCCCGGUGACAAAAACCCUCACAAACAGCAGGGCGACAAGCCGAUCUGGGGACCCGAGCGGCCCGACGAGCGCGACAUGUUCGAAGUUGAAGGCGAGGGCAUCCCCCCAACCACGGUGGACAAGGACCGAUACGAAUGGGGCGUCGGAGAAGACGCAGACCUGAUCGUGUUCAACCCGCUUUACGACCCAGAAGGCACCACCUGGCUCCUCCGUGACGACGUCACCGGGUACAACCGGGAGAACGGCAUGCCCCCGCGGCGGACGGCCAUCAUCACAGCCUCGCGCCUCUCCCGCAAGCUGCUCCACACGAUGCACCGCGAGACGACCCUCAAGCGGCACAGCAUGUUCUCCGAGAUGUGGCCCGCCACAACGGCGCUGCACCACGGGUUCAAAGCCGUAUACGUGCCGCACUCGGUGUACGUCGACCGCCGGUGGCCCACGCGGUAUCUCGAGUCGGUGUUCAACGCCGGCCGCAACGGCGCGUCGGGAGGCGCGCGCACCUCCAUCUUCGGCGACCGCGAGCACAACUUCCGCGGCACCACAUGGUUCUACUCAGCGGGGUUCUCGCCCAAUCUGUGGCGCCGCUGGCUGGGCUAUAAGGUCGAUAACGACGGGGGUGAGCAGGCGGAAGUGGCUGGGGAGGGGCGCAUGUGUCUCCCUCCGAUGCUUUUACAUCCGGUGAAGGAGCUGGAUAUGGUGAUUGAUGAUGGUGUCCAGCCGAGUGAGUCUACUCCUGAGGAGUAGCCACGCCCUGGGUGGGGACUGCUAUAUGUGUGAUGUGAUUUACAGGUUGAAGGUUGAUGGGCUGACCACUUACGUUUGGCAAAACGGCGUUGAUCUAUUUUGGGCUGAGCUUGAGCAUGUUGCUGGAUGUUAGAGUUUCU